AUGGCACUCAACGCCGACGUUACCGCCAUCCUUCGAGGUAAAUCAGAUGUUAACGCACAAAUGUUAGUUUUCCUUGCAAUUGCUGUGAAAAGUAAGUUGUGUUACACUAUACAUAUAUUGCUAAACGUUGGUCGUUUCGAUCAAAGUCGAUGGAAUCGAUAUGAAAUUCUGUUUUCCCUCGUGACAGAUAUGGUGCAGUUUUUGGAAUGUCUGCGCGACGUGAAACUUCCACUCGCGUUGGAGAGCAUCCGAGACAAUCUGUUGGUACGUUCGAAGGAUUCGCUGACGAUGUUCAUGAUAGAGAGAAUCGGGAGGUCUGCAUCCCCGGAGCCAUAUUUAAACAUGAAUGCAGCCGGAUCGAAAGGUUUGUUGGCGGCAACAGUGAAAACGGAAACCGAGCUUCAAGAAUACGUGGGAGCAGACGAACAACAACAACAACAACAACAACAAGAUUAUUACGAGACCUUCCAGGGAAUUGAAUCGGCGAAUAACGUUACGCCUCCGAUUCACGAGACGAUAGAUAACAUCGAAAGUAAAGAAGAAACUGAAAAUACACCGAUAGACAUUUACGCGAAUUUCUCGGCGGCGGAGACGAAAAGUAAAUGUCAAAUGUGUGGCCCACUUUACAGGAAAGACAGACACAAAUUGUUCGUUUUCGAGCAGUACCGAGGCUGCUGGGUCGGUAAGUUGAAUUCGAACGUCAAUGCGAGUGUAAACGUAACGUGCAAACUAAACGUAACAAUUUCUCUGUGCAAAUGCAACAUAGGUUUGGUUGGAUUGCAUCUAUUGAUUUAUGGAAACAAUCGUGACAGUCGCCCGUGCAUGAUACUGCCGAUUCACGGUUACAUGGCCCGAGCUGCACCAAACGCGGUAUCUCGGGAUCAGCGUCGAAGCGAGUCUGCCUUUGAGAUUUUUCGCCCUGGUAGCAGAACCUUCCAGUUUUUCGCGAAAACUCGGCAAGACAUGGAGCAAUGGGUGACGAAAAUCUGCGAAUUGGGCGACGAGAAGAACGACGGUAAAGAGAAAGACACAACGAGAGAGAUGGACGUGAAUAUGGUCGCAAACAACGGCACUAUUAAGCAGCCAAAUGACCAAGAAGAUCCUAAAAAAGAACGAUAUCAGGAUGUAUCGCCAAGCGCCGACAUCGAGCUUUCCGAUAAAUCUGCAAACGAUCCAAUCGUUGCUAACGAAGAGUCUCACGAGUCGAGCAACGUUUCUGUUCCUACUUCUUCUCAGUCACAUUCUCCGACUCCUCCUCCGUUGCCAGCUCGGAUACCUCAAAGGUUACUAAUCCCCUCUGUUAAACACUCGUCUCAGGAACUUCCCGACGAAGAAGAGGACGACAUUUACCACAAGAUCGAAGACUUUAGGGACACGAUACGAUACGGGAACGUCGGCGAGACGUCUCAAAUUAAGAUGAACGACGAACAAAAAUCGAACAAGAAAUCAUCCGCAACUUACGAUGACAUUCAAGCGAGCGUCAAAAAGAAAGAUAAAUUCGACGAAAAAAGGAAGGGAAAAUCUGACGAUACCGCUAUAACGUUGAAGGAUAACGAUGUUGUAGACGAACAGGACAUGUUCGCCUCGUACGACGACGUCGAGAGUAUCAUUUGCAAUUCAAAAUCAAACAAGGUUCGGGCAGCGAAGAAAACGGAGGAAUUGACAAAGUCGCCGCAAAAGAGAUCCUUUUUGGACAGAGUGAGAAGUAAAAAAGAAUCUCCGAAGAAAAUUGAGAAAAAAACCAAGUGUAAACCUAUGGGCUCUCCGUCGCGACUGCCGCCGCUGCCACCGCCGCUGCCACCGCCGCCUUCGCAACCCUCGCCACCGUUGGCGAACGAUCACGAAUCGUCGACGUACUACGACGAUGUAUCUGGUCUGACGAACGUCGAGCAACAAACGAACCGUUUCGAAGAACAGCAAUCGGAGUAUACUUGUCCACCUCCGCCUAGGCCGAUCUACGCGAAACCGCCGAUGACGGAAAACGCAACCGACGCGGAUGAAUUUUACGACGACAUUGCGUAUCGCGAUAAAUCGUAUCAACAAACUACAAAAAAGCCGAGUCCUCUUCAUAGCCUCGCGGAUACCGAUCGGCCUGCUUUCUGCGAAAACGUGGAUCAUUCGCAGCGAACAUUCGAAGACGACGAGCAUUAUAAAACGCCACGGUCGGAUUCGCAUUAUCCCAAAUGUCACUCCGUUGAUCAUCAAACGAACGACUUGUACGACGACGUAGCUAUACUCGCUGAGUUCACAACAAGACAAAAGGAAAUUCUAAGUAGCAGAGAGAAGGAUAACGAAGGUACGACAAAGUCGCAAACCAGUCCGGAAAAGAAGCCGUGGAAUCGAUUUGUUGGCGGGAGGAGAUCGAAAACAAUCGACUCGUCGAUUGCCGAAGGGAAUGGCCGAGUUUCACAGGGGACGGAGGGCUCGUCGGACGAGCUUAACGAACAACACAAUUCCUUGCGAAUGAACACCUUCCAGAAAUUGAUUAGUAGAAUGGAAAAUUCUCUCGGCAAGGCAUCUUCCAGGACAACGUCUUCGAUAUUGUUAAAUAAAGCGAAUCUCACAAACAGUGGAUAA